UACUUUUGCAGUUACAGUCAUGUUUCUACAAGCUUUAACCCAUGCUUUCCUUGUUAUGUAACUCUCUCCUUCUUGUUGUUCUGCUUACUUUCCUCCCUUCCCUUCUAAUCUUUACUACAUCUCUCUACUUUUUUUCUAUCAAGCCUGCCUCAUACCCUCACUUUUCUUCCUGCCCCUCCCAUCUUCACUGCCUCUCUCUUCUCCUUUUCAGUCUCUGCUUACUUUUCUCCCUGCCUUUCCCACUCCUGCCUCCCUUCCCCAGAAAAAAGAAAUUUCUGCUUCCCUCUUGAGUCUCCUUUUAACCUCUCCCCUCACUUUUUGCACUGCCUUCUACUUACUUUUCCCUCUGUCUCCCUCUUUAUGUUUCUCCCCGAGUUCCUUACCCCUUCCCUUUAUUUCCUCUUUGUAUGCCUAAUUACGAAUGGAAAGUUAGUGGACUGGUGCAUUUCGCUGCGGAGUCUUACCUCGCGUGUGCAAAACAGCACACGCGCGUCCGUUUAGUUGUUAUUGCCAAGAAACAUCACGUGAUAACUUGCGUGAUUCGAAGGAACUGAUCAACAGAGAGCUGUGAAUUUCUUCCAAAAUCUCAAAAGAUCACAUCACGCGAUGAAAUAGUCAGAAGGUCGCAAAAAUUAAUCGUAGGGUCUGCACUCAAGGGGAUGGAAGUUAUUUCUCGCGUUUUACUUCAGCUGACUACAACUGAAGCUUCUUCGACAACUGUCCACGCACAAGAACAAAUUGCAGAAGAGCCUCCCAAUCAGAUCUUGUUCACUGCAGUAGCUUCGCUUUCUAUUCUGGGAUCUUUCAUUAUUGUAAGCACAUUUUUGCUGUGGCCCGAUUUGAGGACGAACGCUCGUCUUAUGAUCGUAUUCAUAUCGGUCUGUGAUUUCCUGGUGGCCAGCUUCAACAUACUAGGCAUCAAUAUUGAAAAGAAGUUAGACAAUGAAAUUUGUAAACUCCAAGCGACGGUCAACAUCGCUGCUAUUUUGUCGUCUUUCUUUUGGACCUUGUAUUUAUCCCUUUAUUUCUAUUUGACUAUUUGCAAAAAGAUUACCGUGAGGACGGAGAGAGUCACUAUGUGGUUGUUUCAUGUUACGGCAUGGGGGAUUCCUUUGGUGAUAGCGCUGGUAGGCUAUGAGUUAAAUGCAGUAGGAAAUCCACAUGACAUGGUAUCUUCGGGAUGGUGUUGGAUCAAAUACAGUCCUACAAAACGAAAUGAGACGAUAAUUUGGAUGUUAAUCGCUGGAAAGGGAUGGGAAAUCUUGGCAUACAUUGCUAUUUCCGUGUUCUACGUUCUAGUUAAGGUGAAAAUUAGACGAGAGCUGAAGUGUGGAUUUGUUCCAGGAAGCCAUUUUCUGACUCUGAAAUCAGUUGAAGCAGCAAAAAAGGCAGAUCUCAAAUUAACAUUAAUUCCUGUGGUGUUCAUUUUCUUACGCAUCUGGGGAACCAUUAGGUUUAUCCGUUUCUGGGCUUAUUUCCCUGAGCCGGUGGCACAUGAUUGGCUCAUUAUACUCCAAGGAAUUGGUGAUAACAGCCAGGGUUUUGCUGAUUUUGUUCUGUUCUGUUUAUUCACUAACAACAUUAGGAACAAGUUCAAACAGUUUAUACCAAUUUGUAGACAUUAUCCAGAAAAAGAUCCCUUGCUGAGGAAUACAAACUUGUGUUAUGGAGCAGUUGAUUAAUUCUUUUUAUUUGAAAUGAUAUUUUUAAACACUUUGGAGUCCUGGUUUAAACUAUUGUAGACAGGUAGGAGAUAAAUAACCAAUAUAGUUGGAUGAAAAAAGUCCCAAUCUGAUAUCUGAAUGGGAACUGCUGAAUUCUCACUUCAAAUUGUAAGUGUGUUCCCUUAUGAAACAAAGGGAGAGGUUGAGCUUGAAUCAAAAGACACUCAGGUCUCUGUUCCUUGGACCCCUUUAAAAGAUAACGAAGAGGAUCAACAGAUGGUGAAAAAACCUGAUCAAAACCAUUAAUGCUUGAUGGUUGACGAGAAGGUUGUGAAAAGCUUCUAUCAAUUGAAAAAAAUCUGAAUCAGUAGACAUGCAUUGCUGGAGAUCACACAAUUUAAAUAUUUCCUGAAUGUAGAGGGUCCCCUAUACUUUUUACAUGAAUUAAGCGUGAUUGCAUGAGCAAUUUUUUUCUCGUGAAUCAUGAUUGCCUUUUUUUUUUAUUCAUGAAUUGUGAUUGAACCUGAACAGAUUCCUUUAUUUAAACAUGUCCCGUGAAUUAAGAGCUGAAUUAAAUGUGAACCCUUUUGGUUUUGCGUGA